CGUAAACGGAAGUGCGGGGCUCUGCCAGAGACGCUUAUUAAAUACCUAAUCAGUUCUCCAGAGCAGUGAGACGAAUAGGAAGCGAAGAUGUCGGAACGGAAAGUUCUAAAUAAAUACUACCCGCCAGACUUCGACCCCUCGAAGAUCCCCAAGCUCAAGCUCCCCAAGGAUCGGCAGUACGUGGUACGGCUGAUGGCCCCCUUCAACAUGAGGUGUAAGACGUGUGGGGAAUACAUCUACAAGGGGAAGAAAUUCAAUGCCCGCAAGGAGACCGUGCAGAACGAGGUGUACCUGGGCCUGCCCAUCUUCCGCUUCUACAUCAAGUGCACGCGCUGCCUGGCGGAGAUCACGUUCAAGACAGACCCCGAGAACACAGACUACACCAUGGAGCACGGCGCCACGCGGAACUUCCAGGCCGAGAAGCUCCUGGAGGAGGAGGAGAAGCGGGUGCAGAAGGAGCGGGAGGAUGAGGAGCUGAACAACCCCAUGAAGGUGCUGGAGAACCGCACGAAGGACUCGAAGCUGGAGAUGGAGGUGCUGGAGAACCUGCAGGAGCUCAAGGACCUGAACCAGCGGCAGGCGCACGUGGACUUCGAGGCCAUGCUGCGGCAGCACCGGCUGUCGGAGGAGGAGCUGCGGCGGCGGCAGCAGGAGGAGGACGAGCGUGAGACCGCGGCACUCCUGGAGGAGGCUCAGAAGCGAAGGCUCCUGGAGGACUCAGACUCGGAGGAUGAGGCUGCACCUGCCCCUCCAGCCCCAAGGCCCCAGCCCACUGCCAUCCUGCAUGAGGCCCCAAAGGCCAAGAGGAAGGCGGAGGGCAUGGGCAGCAGGUUGCAGCUGUCUGGCUUGGUGGUGGUGAAGAAGACAAAGACGGAAGCUGAGGGCGCUGGCAGCCGGCGGGGCCAGGCACCUCCAACCUCAGGAGCCCGGGAGCGCAGAGGGGCUGCUGACCCCUCUCCACAGCCGCCUGGCGCCUCCUCCCUGAGCCAGCUGGGAGCCUAUGGGGACAGCGAGGACAGUGACAGCAACAUCUGACCCAGCACCCCGCCCAGCCACAGGGUCGCAGAGCUGCAAGCAGGCGGGCAGGAGGCCAUGCACCUCCUGCAGCUGCCAGGCCGCGGCGCCCCUCCUGUUCCUGGCUCCUCCUGCCGCUCGUGUCAUGGGCUGUGCCUCCGUCCCUUCCGCCCACAGAGCCGGCGGGAACCAAUGAAAGCCGCUGUCCGCCGGCCGGCCGGCCGGGCACCUAGCCCGCGGAGUUCGGGGGCCAGCGAGGCCUCUGUGCACACAACCCUGGAUGGAGGCCCGUGUGGCACGCCGUCAGGGAGUGCGGCCAGAGGUCGGGUGGGUGGGCCAGGCCCGAGUUCUCCUCUAACGGUACUGGGGAUUGAACCCAGGCCCUCCACCCUGAGCUCCAUGCCCAGCCCUUUACAGUUUUUGAAGCCCAGUCUUGCUGAGUUGCCUAGGUUGUGCUUGACCUUGUCAUCUUCCUACCUCAGCCUCCUGGAGUCCUGGGGUGACAAGCCUGGGCCCUCACACCCAACUGUGUUCAAUUCCUGUCUUUCCUGGGAGACUUCCCUCUUUCCCUCCGUGUCCUCGGGGCAGCCUUGUCCUUGGCCCCAGCCCCGGGCAGGGGCUCCCGGAGGACAGCGGGCAGAGGGACAGGCCCUGGGCUCUUCUGCCCUUCCCUUCCUGUGCUGACAGCGCCCGCGGUGCCAGAUGAAGGGGCUGUCAGCCAGCAUCCGGAAUCUCCUCCGUCAGUUCCCCUGGGGCCGCAGGCCUCCGCGCACAUCAGAGGGCUGGGGAUGGGGGACACUAGAGCCACACACCACCCGCUCCUGCCACGCGGCUGGGAAGGAAAGCUGUGCCUGCCUCGUGCCCAGCAUGGUGCCAGGCUAUCUCUGCCACUGCCUUGCCAGCUGUCACUGUGCCCCCCCAAGACCCCUCUGCCUGGGGCUGGUGCCAAGGCAGGGAGGCCUGGCAUGGGGCUCUGGCCACAGCCUUUCACCACCCUGCGCUGUCAGAUGGGGCCUGGAAGGUUGUACUGGGCGGACGGGGCCCAUAUGAAGGGAAGCUCACGCCUGCUCCAUCAGAGGGGGCGCUCGGAGGCCAGGCCUUGUCUUCUCCUGAGCUGUGAGCCAGGGUUACCUGCAUAUAUUUCUUCCCUCGGCCUGGGGGCCCCUGAAGAGAGGCGCAUGUCUCCAUGGAAUUGGGGGCUUCGUAACCAUCAGUUAAGACUCACAGUUGCUGGGUGUGGUGGGGCACACCUGUAAUCCCAGCGCUCGGGAGGCUGAGGCAGGAGGAUCGUGGCAAGUUCAA